AUGUCCAAUAAAACCAGUAGAAUGCCCUAUCUAAGAGGGUAUGAUCCAAAUGCUAAGUGCGAGUAUCAUGCUGGUGGCAUUGGUGAUUCGACAGAGAAUUGUAGGACACUAAAGUUUAAAGUCCAAGACUUAAUCAAUGCCAAAUGGCUGAAUUUCAAGGAGGAUAAUCCUAAUUUUAGGAUUAAUCCUUUACUUGGGCAUGGAGGGCCAUCAGUAAAUGCCAUCAAGGAAGAGUCUACUAGUGUUUUGAAGAGGAAAGUUGAAGAGGUUACGACUCCUCUAAAGGUUAUUUUUACUGAAUUGUACAAGACUGACUUGAUCAAGAGUUUUGUACAUGAAGAAAGUAUGUGCAAUUUGCACCUUGAUGUAGACCACUCCAUUGAAGAUUGUGAAGAAUUCAAACAUGUUUUGCAAACCCUGAUGGACAAACAUUUGGUCCAAAUCAGGCAUCCUAAGGAGAAAAAUGAAGUUUUGACUAUUGAUGGGCAAUCCUCAGCUUUCUUGAAACCCUUGGUCAUUCAUUACACCAAAUGUAUGAAUACCCCAGAUACUAAUGGACCUAGACCCAUCACUAUACAAAUACCAGCUCCAUUUUCUUACAAGGACAACAAAGCAGUGCCAUGGAAGUAUAAUGCAGGGGUUUAUGUCAGAAAUCUGAAAGAAAACCAAACACAAGGUGUUAGUUCAGAUACCCUUGCCAUCUCAAACAUUGUUGGUGUUGGCGGGAUGACCCGCAGUGGUCGUAUUUAUACAUUUGAGGAUCUGAGAAAAGAGCGAGUAAAAGAGAUAGAGAAAUUCUCAAAGGGGAAAGCCAAAUUGGGCGAGUUUGAAGAUGCUGACAAAGAGAAAAUGCCUAAAAUAAAGAAGACAGUGUCUAAUGAAGAAGCUUGUGAGUUUUUGAAAUUUAUUUGGAGGACUCUUUUGAAAGUGUUGAAUGAGGCUCAUGUCAACCAUGAUAUCACUACCGACAAGUUUAGAGGCAUUGUUGGUAAUAUUAUUUCAAACAAUUAUCUCACCUUCACUGAUGAUGAAGUACCUGUCGAAGGAAUGAGGCACAAUAAAGCACUGCAUAUUUCUGUCAAAUGUCAAGAUCACAGUAUUGCUAGAGUGCUUAUUGAUAAUGGAUCUUCUUUUUAUGUGAUGUCAAAAGCAACAUUGUUAAAAUUAGCUUGUGAUGAGUCGCAUAUGAAACCUAAUGCCAUGAUAGUAAGAGCCUUUGAUGGAACAAGAAGAGAGGUUAUUGGAGAAAUUGAGAUCCCAAUCCAAAUUGGUCCUUGCACUUUUCAAAUUUUGUUUCAAGUAAUGGACAUUGCACCAGCUUAUAACUGCCUUUUGGAGAGGCCUUGGAUUCAUUCUGUUGGAGUUGUACCAUCCACAUUGCAUCAAACAUUGAAGUUUAUCAUUGAUAAUAAGUUAGUGAUUGUCUCUAGUGAAGAAGAUAUGUUAGUGAGUAAGCCUUCGUCUACUCCUUACAUUGAAGCUACUGAAGAAGCUCUAGAGACUUCUUUUCAGGCUUUAGAGAUUGUGAAUGUUACUUAUGUUGGAGAGGGAACCACAAUCGCCGAUAAGAAAAGAGUCAUAGAGGAGAAGAAAGAAAGAAGAUCAGCUAGGUUGGAGGGUAGAGAGCCUGAAAGUGAAGGGGUCCCCAUUUGUGAUCUUCUGAAGAGCUUUUAUAGUGCUGGAUUUGAGUUUCAAGACUCAGUGACUGCUGCUGAUGAAGAUGUACCUGGAGAAGAGAUUGUGAACCUAGUCCACACUUGUCCACUGAACACCAAAGUUGGCAAUUGGGAGAUCAUUGAGUUACCUGUGAUUUUUAAUGACUAUUCAAAUGAUGUCUUUGCAUGGUCUUAUCAAGAUAUGUUAUUCCUAGAUGUUGAUAUAAUCGAGCAUAAAUUGCCACUAAAGCCAGAGUGUUUCCCAGUUAAGCAAAAAUUAAGGAGAAUGGGACUUGAGAUGUCACUGAAGAUUAGGGAGGAGGUCAAGAAGCAAUUCGAUGCAGGUUUCCUUGUUGUUGCCAAAUACCCUCAAUGGGUUGCCAACAUUGUGUCAGUUCCUAAGAAAGAUGGAAAGGUUCGAAUGUGUUGUAAAUCUAUAAGGAUGAUAUGA